AUGGAGCAACUUGGACUACCAAUCUACGAAUACGCAGAAGCUAUCGCGGACACACUUGCAACAUUACACUGGGAUGCAGAAGUCGAUGCGAAUGAUGUCGAGUUUGUACUUGGUUCACGCCGGCAAUUGGAAAUCUCAUCCAUGCGACAAAUGUCCUCAUCUGAUAUUGCGUUUAUGCUAUACAACUAUCCAACGCGUCGUACAGACGAUGCAGCAAGACUGGAACCUAGCACGAAACUUCAUGCAUCCGCACCUCAAGACCUACAAGUCUGGGUGCUCGAUUUUGAUUGCUGCGAUGCCAUUACGAUGGAUAUUGAGGGUGUUGAAAAGGCAGCACUGUCGGCGCAUAUAAACGACCCAUAUCACCCAAAGCCUUGCACAGCUGGUUCCAAGGACUUUGAGCUAUGGGAAACCUUCAGAAAGAGGUACGUCGCUACCGGUGUCGACAUCAUCAAUAGGAAGGGGCUAGACGAGAAGUUACCUGAACUAUUCAUCGAGAGGUUAGUCGGUUUACAAGAGGAGCCACGGUCUGAACAUCGACAAUUCGAGAGGGGUCCUUACUGCGCUCGCCAUAGUAACGAGACUUGUUGA